AUGAAUGGAUGGAUGAUAUCCCUGAAAAUCUCGUGCUGGGCAGUUUUAGUAAUAUGGCUUCUACCAGGUGGUGGACAAUGUAGUAAAGAUGCUGGACGCUUAAUGGAGGAUCUUCUCGCUGAUUACAACAAGCUUGUCAGGCCGGUGGAAAAUGACACUGAUACGCUGAUUGUUCGACUGAAACUGAAACUCUCGCAGCUUCUCGACGUAUGGAAUCCGGCAGAUUACGGCGGAGUAACUGUAUUGUAUGUGCCAUCCGACAUGAUUUGGCUACCGGAUAUUGUCCUCUACAACAACGCAGAUGGUAAUUAUCAAGUGUCAAUAAUGACAAAGGCAAAAUUGUCACCCAAUGGUACUGUGGAAUGGUCACCUCCUGCCAUUUACAAGAGCAUGUGCCAAAUAGAGGUGGAAUGGUUUCCUUUCGACGUACAAACGUGUGAAAUGAAAUUUGGUUCCUGGACAUAUGGUGGUCUGGAAGUUGAUUUACAGCACAGAGAUUCACAUAUUGAAAGAGCAGAAACAGAAACACUGCUUGGUUUCGAUGGUGAAUAUGAUGAAACUGUAUGGAUUGUUGAUGAAGGAAUUGAUCUAAGUGAUUAUUAUCCAAGUGUUGAAUGGGAUAUACUUGGCGUACCGGGUAAGCGUCAUGUAAAAAGAUAUCCAUGCUGUGAAUCGCCUUUCAUCGAUUUAACGUACGAAAUACGUUUGCGACGCAAGACGCUAUUUUACAUCGUCUAUUUGAUUUUCCCAAUCGUCAGUAUCAAUUUCCUAACGGUGCUAGUGUUCUAUUUGCCUUCAGAUGGCGGUGAGAAAAUAUCACUUUGCCUCAAUAUACUUAUUUCACUCACUAUAUUUUUUUUAUUACUUGUAGAAAUAAUUCCCUCAACUUCACUCGUUAUACCUCUUAUUGGUAAAUAUCUAUUAUUUACAAUGGUGCUCGUUACUUUAUCUGUUAUUGUUACAGUUAUAACGUUGAAUGUACACUUUCGAUCCCCUUCAACUCAUACAAUGCCGGAAUGGACUAAAAGAAUUUUUAUCGAAUUUCUACCCAAAUAUCUUUUGAUGAGGCGACCAUCACGAAUAAAAAUCAUUGGAAAUAGUUCUACUAAUACCUUCAUUACUACCAAACGUCCAGACAGAAAAUUAUCAAAUUUCAGUCGACCACGUGACCACACAGUUUCUGCCUUAUUUGAUCAGGUACUUACUGUUAUGGAUUUCUUAUCUCCGGCUUAUCGACCAUCAUUCUGCACAAUGAAAAGUCAUGAUGGUAGCAGUUUUGCAAGCUUCCAAAAAGAACUUACACCGGUGAUGAGUGCCGUUGAUAGCGUUACAUUUAUUGCAAGUCAAAUGAAAGAUGAUAAAAGUGGCCAACAGAUAAUCGAAGAUUGGAAAUAUAUAUCUGUCGUGAUGGAUCGAUUAUUCCUCAUACUAUUUACAACAGCUUGCAUUAUCGGCAGCAUUGUCAUCAUAUUACGAGCGCCAACUAUUUAUGAUACAACUAUUGCAUUGGCUUGA